GCCGUGAGGGGUUGCAUUGAGAGAGGCGUCCCUUGCCUGCUCGAUGGUGCCCCUUUCUGCCCUCUACCUGCUGCGCAUCGGAGUAUUGCGUCCAAGUCUUGGGUCCAUGACACCUCUUAGCACCAUAUAGUAAGUACCAUUAGCAUAAUAACUAGUACGGCGGUACAGUAGUACAGGCGCAACUGUCACCGCCGUCAGCAGCCAUUCUCAACAUGGGCGCGCGCGUCGGCACGUCGGCAGGGGCUCACAUUGGCCUACACCCUUCUAUUUCUACCAAACUAGGACGACGCAGGCCUACCUAGUUCUGCCCCAGGGUAGCUUGGCGGCACUUGGAGAUGGCUGGCGAUCGGGUUGGAAGACGCCCCCUUCGCAUUCCAUGGCGCUCAUCAUCACCACCAGAGACCUGGGAGGCUGCUCGCUAGCUGCCGGCGCUCCGGAUCCGCGCCAGGGAUUUUUUUGCAAGGGCAUGUUGACACUGGGACGGAUAUUGGACAAGGUCCCUCUCUCGGAGACCACUCUGGUCGUCGAGGUCUCCCUUCCCUGAGUCGCGCUACAGUGUACACAGGACAGGGGCCCAUCGUCACCGUACGGUAGACCAACAAGCCACGGCCCACGAUAUUAUAAUAAAAGAACGCCCGGCCCGGACCACAACCUGCCAUUGCCUCCCUCGAUCACACCUCACCUCGCCUGUCCGUUACGAACCGCAUUGUCCUUCGCUUUCAGAGGUCUUGUCAGCCUUUUUGUCAUUCUUUAUAUACCCAGACCGUUCACAAUGUUUGUCUCGGCCCAGCUGAGCGCCGCGCUCCUGAUAGCAGUGGCCAACGCUGCCCCUUUCCGUGGGAUCCACCUGAGGCAGAAUGAGCUCCUCGACAGCUACGACUACGUGGUCGUGGGAGGAGGUGCCAGUGGUCUCACCGUGGCCAACAGGCUUUCUGAGGACAGUGCCGUGUCUGUUCUGAUCAUCGAGGCCGGCGAGUUUGACGCAAAUGAGGACAUCGUCACCAUCCCUGGCCUGGCAGGCGGUGCCAUUGGCACCAAGUACGACUGGAACACCACCUAUGCGCCAAACCCGGCCCUGGCGAACCGUUCAGUCGCCGUCCCCCAGGGAAAAGUUGUCGGAGGUGGCACCAAGCUGAACCGCAUGGUCUUUGACCGUGGAUCAAAGUCGGACUAUGACCGGUGGGCUGCCUUGGGGAACCCUGGCUGGGAUUACGAGGGUCUCUUCCCCUACUUGAAGAAGCAAGAGUUCUUCGCGCCGCCCAGUGCCGAUAUUGUGGCUGAGUGGGGAGUCGAGUUCGAGCCCGAGUCUCACGGCACCUCUGGCAACAUCAACGUCACCUACUCACCCUUCUUCUACCCCCUGACCCGCAACAUCAUCGACGCCACCAAGGAGCUGGGCAUCCAGAUCCCCAAGGACCAGGCUUCGGGCCAGCCCAUCGGAGGCUACUUCUGCCCUCACAACAUCGACCUCACCAAGGUCACGAGGUCUUCGGCCCGUGAGGCAUACUACAACACCGCCGAGACAAGGACAAACCUGCACAUCGUCACCUCGCAGCACGUCACCAAGCUCAUCACAGGGGCCGCCAACACCACCGGCGGCUAUGGGGCACCAACAGGGGUCACCGUCACCGGGGUCGAGUACGCCGCCUCGGCCGACGCCCCCAAGGCCACCGUGAGCGUCAAGAAGGAGGCCAUCAUGGCCGCCGGCCCCUUCUUCACCCCGCAGAUCCUGCAGAUCUCCGGAAUCGGCGACAGCGCCCACCACCAGGAGAUCGGCGUCGACACGGUCAUCGACCUGCCCGCCGUGGGCCACAACCUCGAGGACCACGUCCUGCUCGCCACCGUCGCCGUCGUGACCACCGACGAGGUGACCUCGUCCACCCUGACCAGCAACGCCACCUUCGCCGCCGACGCCAUGGCCGAGUACCGCGCGCAGGGCACCGGCCCCUACUCGAGCCCCACGGGCGACUUCCUGCUCUUCCUGCCCCUCAACACCUACUCCAACGCCUCGGCCCAGAUCGCCGCCGACGCCGCCUCCACCGACGGCACGCAGUUCCUCCCCGCCGGCACCCCCGCCGAGGUCGUCGCCGGCUACAAGAAGCAGCAGGCCAUCCUGGCCGAGAAGCUGACGGCCGACGACUCGGCCGUCCUGGAGCUGAUCUGGGACUCGGGCGUGCUCGUCAUCGGCCUGCAGCACCCCUUCUCCCGCGGCAGCGUCAAGGCCGCCAGCAGCAGCGUCUUCGACGAGCCCGUCAAGAGCGCCGGCCAGCUGAGCCACCCGGCCGACAUGAAGCUGCUCGUCGAGGCCGUCAAGUACACCCGCGUCGUCCGCAACACCGCCGCCGUCCAGAAGCUGCAGCCCUUUGAGGUCGUCCCCGGCGCCAACGUGACCAGCGACGCCGACAUCGAGAACUUCAUCCGCCAGAACGCCGCCACCCUGUUCCACCCCGCCAGCAGCUGCAAGCUCGGCCCCCGCGAGGAGGGCGGCGUCGUCGGCACCGACCUCAAGGUCUACGGCGCUGCCAACCUGCGUAUCGUCGAUGCCAGUGUGAUGCCCCUGCUCCCGGCCUCGCACACCAUGACGACCGUCUACGCCGUUGCUGAGAAGGCUGCCGAUAUCAUCAAGGGUGCGGGUGCAUGACUACAUGGCUGCAAGACUGCGCGUAAAUGAUUUUUUAGCGUUAUACAAUGAUGAAUUUCAAUGUUUGGCUUUGCA